UGCUGCGGACCGCAGAUUCUCCGCGGUACCGACAUGUGUUGACGCUCAGGUCGUUCCUGCAGACAGCCGUGCUAGACUUUACCUAACGCCAGGUUUAGUGUUAACUUACGAAUGGUGAACAUAUCCGUGGAGUUUUUGAUAAACAGUAGCUGUUUUGGUUGUCAAACAAGACGUAAAGCUCCGUGUUUCCUCGAAGCUAUCAUGCUGAACACCGAGGAAAGUUCUUGGUUAGCGGGUUCUCUGAUGCCCAGCUCCAUCCCUCAGGCUCCAGGGCCUCUGUGGUGCUCCGAUGCCCCUCACCCACAGCUGAAGAUCCCGGGUGGGCGAGGGACUGUCAGGGAUCACUCUCUCGGCGUGCUACUACACAAGGAUGACAAGCUAACAGUGACGCAGGCCGCUCCAGUGAGUGGGAACCCCUCUUUUCUCCGCUUCCACUACCAGCUGAAUGAGCGCCGCUCAGCCUCCUGGAAUACGGCUCUAUCAGAAGACAGCCUCUUCCUGGAGAUUCCUGCUGGGCCGCUGGUGGAGGGGAGCAAGGAGGGGCUAACCGCUCUGCUCGAGUUUGCAGAAGAGAAGCUCAAAGUUAACUAUGUCUUCCUGUGGUUCCAUAAAAGCAGAGAGGAUCGAUUGUCCAUCAUCAAGACGUUCCACUACAUGGGCUUCGAGAUGGUGAAGCCGGGUAACCCGAUGGUACCAGCCCGGCCUGAUCUGGCCUUCAUGGUUUACUCUCUGGACAACAGCAGCUCCGAUGAGGAGUGACUGUCACCGACAGCUCCCUCUCCCACCCUCACCCUCCCUCCCCACAGAAAAAAAAACUCCUUUUACAUGUUUAUUUUCCCCUCGAGCAAUCAAACCUGCUUUGACUCUCCCUCUGACACAAACCCUUCCUCCCUCUCAGACGUGUUUCAUCACUGACUCGGAGGCAUCACCUUUUUUCAUACUUACUUGUGAUUAAAGGGGAUGUUUUGGGAGCGGUAGGAUUCCUGUGCGACACAGACACAGCUGCCUCCCCUCUUUUCCCUUAACUGCAGAUUGGAGAAGCAGGGAGCAGCCUAGCUUGAACUAAGUCGUCACGUACGACGAGGGAUUUGGGCUUUUUUUUCCCCCUUCUGCUUCCUCUUUUGGCCACAUUAUUUGUUUGUGAUGCCACGAACAAGACAAACACCUGCUGGACAUUCAGGAGAAGGUGGCGUUUUACAUUAAAUUCAGCAUAUCUCUCCUCUGACAGCUUUGACCUUUUUAUAAAACAGACUUUGGGUUGUGUUUGUGUGCUGUAUACCAUGCAAGUUACGUUGGGGGUGAAAGUAGGGAAUUAUGGGGUGUGGUAUGGUCAAUAAAAUGUAGUUUUUCUUUUUAAUAUAAAUGGGUGAAAGCCUGAUCUGGUACAUUUAGCGUUUCUUUACUCUUCUUCCUGUAACAUGUUUAGGCAUCAUUCCAACUCGUGUCACUCGCUUUGUUUUUGUUUUAUCAGCCCCAAACAGUUGAAAUGCCGUGUUAGUCUCUCCAGACACGACUAAGCUAAGAAGCAGUGUAGGUGUUGAAUGUCAGCAACACUGAGGCAGACACCUUCUCUUCUUUAUCUCUGCACAGUAAUCAACCUUUUGAACUGUUACUGAAGAGCUGGAGAGGAGGACGGCUUCGCUGUUCUUUCACUUGACCGAAACAAACGCUUCAUUUAUUUUUUCAGAGAUCAUGAGGUUAAUAAUUGUUGGUUGGACCUCAAGAAAAAAGCUCCACAUGCUAUUACUUUCAUCUGGAAGCUGCAGCCCCAGUUUCAGCAUCUAAAAUAUUAAAUUCAGGGCUAAGAAUCCUGAUUUUGCCCUUUAAAAAAUUAACAUACAGCUGUAGAUUGCACGUCCUAGUACAAUUUGUAUGACAUACAGAUUGAACGCAGAUAAUAUUUAUGGCCGUCUUUGAUUGGGGAAACUGUGGCACAACCUGAUAAAUGAACAUCAGAUACUCAGCUCUGUGAUUUAUUCAGGAUUCGUGAGAGGCAGAAACAGAAGCUGCAGCUGGUUGAGAAUCGUUCCCUGUGAAGCUGUCAGCAGUGCGACCCUGCACCAGCUGAAACGGGACUUUUUGUGCCUAAAGAGGAGAGUGCAAUGUUCAUAUUUUUAACUCUUGAGUCUUAUUGAAAGAAUGUGUCCAUUAUUCAUCUCGCUCAGAUCCAGACCCGUGCUAUGUGAGGACAUUUAGCUCAUCAGUGGGGCACCAACAGGAGAGCUUCAGGUGAUUUUACCGUAUAUGCAAGUAGAGUUAAAACGCAGGAGGAAGCCUGCCUGUGUGUUUUUUUUA